UACCCAGGGGAGCUCCCGGAGAGCUGGAUGACUUCUGCGCUGUGCGCUGCGCUCAGCCGGGCUCCCGGGAGCCCGUUCCCGGUGGAAAGCGGGGGGCGCCUGGCCAAGGGACCAGCGGCUCGCUGAGACUCAACAUGACCCUCCUGGGGGCUGAGCAUUCUUUGCUGAUUAGGAGCAAGUUCAGAUCAGUUUUGCAGUUGCGACUUCAACAGAGAAGGACCCAGGAACAGCUGGCUCACCAAGGCCUCAUACCACCACUGAAAGGCCCAACUGUAUUCCAUGAGCAAAGAAAGCAUUUGGAUAGUGACAAGACUGAAGACGCCCCGCCUCGCAAGGUCAGAAGCAGGGCCGACCGCACCGACCCGGCUAAUAUGCACAUACUCCAGGCCUCCACAGCAGAGAAGUCCAUUCCAACUGCUCAGAUGAAGCUGAAAAGAGCCCGACUUGCAGAUGAUCUCAAUGAAAAAAUUGCUCUCCGGCCAGGGCCACUGGAGCUGGUGGAAAAGAACAUUCUCCCUGUCAAUUCUGCCGUGAAGGAGGCCAUGAAAGGGAACCAGGUCAGUUUCUCCAAAUCGGCAGAUGCCUUUGCCUUCGAGGAGGACAGCAGCAGCGACGGGCUUUCUCCAGAUCACACAAGAAGCGAAGACCCCCAGGGCCCAGCGAGGUCUCCCCCAGACACCAAAGCUACGGAGACCCCUUUGGCAGGUCCUCCGGGGACAAUGCAGGAUCUAACGUCUGGCUCAGAAAAUGACAGGAAUGACCCGGCCUCACAGCCCAGCAACCAGUCGGACACAGGGAAGCAGGGGCUCAGCCCCCUCAGCACCCCCAACCCUGUGCACGCUGCUGUAAAGUCCAAGUCCCUGAGCGACAGCAAGAACCGCCACAAAAAGCCCAAGGACCCCAAGCCAAAGGUGAAGAAGCUCAAAUACCACCAGUACAUACCCCCGGACCAGAAGGCGGAGAAGUCGCCGCCGCCCAUGGACUCGGCCUACGCGCGGCUGCUCCAGCAGCAGCAGCUCUUCCUGCAGCUGCAGAUCCUCAGCCAGCAGCAGCAGCGCUUCAGCUACCCCGGGGCGCGCCACGUGCAGCUCAAGGAACCAAACGAGCAGAUGGUCAGAAAUCAGAACUCUUCUUCAACACCGCUGAGCAGCACCCCUUUGUCGCCUGUCAAAAGCAGCUUUUCUGGACCAACUGGUGUCUCUCCUCUCAAACCAGGCCCCCUCCCAUCAAACCUAGAUGACCUGAAGGUCUCUGAGUUGAGGCAGCAGCUGCGCCUCCGAGGCCUGCCCGUGUCCGGCACCAAGACGGCCCUCAUGGACAGGCUGCGGCCCUUCCAGGACUGUCCUGGGACCCCCGUGCCCAACUUUGGUGACAUAACGACCGUCACCUUCCCCGUGACGCCCGCGGGCGCCCUGCCCAGCUACCAGUCCUCGCCGUCGGCCAGCGCCCUGUCCAACGGCUUCUACCACUUCGGCAGCACCAGCUCCAGCCCCCCGAUCUCGCCCGCCUCGUCCGACCUGUCCGUGGCCGGGUCGCUGCCGGACACCUUCGCCGACGCGUCCCCGCCCUUCGGCCUGCGCCCGUCCCCCGUCCCCGCCUGCGCCGAGGAGGGCCUGAGCCACGCGCUCUCCUCCACGUUCCUCAGCCCGCAGUGCUCCCCUCAGCACUCGCCCCUUGGGGCGGUGAAAAGCCCGCAGCACAUCAGUUUGCCCCCAUCGCCCAACAACCAUUACUUCCUACCUUCCUCUUCCGGCGCCCAGAGAGAAGGGCAGGGGCUCCCCUCGCCCGCCAGCACCCCGGUGUGCACCGCACAGAGCUCAGGGGCACACGAGGGCCGUCCUGCAAGCUUCUCCCCCCCGCCUGCCAGCCUCCGCCCGCCUUUCUCUGGGGCCCAGGCAGACAGCAGUCACGGUGCUGGGGGCAACCCUUGUCCCAAAAGCCCAGGCGCACAGCAAAAGAUGGCUGGUUUGCACUCUUCCGAUAAGGCAGGGCCAAAGUUUUCGGUUCCAUCCCCAACCUUUUCUAAGUCAACUUCAACAGUGGCAGAGAUAACACAGCCUCCGUCCUAUGAAGAUGCAGUAAAGCAGCAAAUGACGCGCAGCCAGCAGAUGGACGAACUCCUGGAUGUCCUCAUUGAGAGCGGAGAAAUGCCAGCUGAUGCCAGAGAGGAUCAUUCAUGUCUUCAAAAAGUCCCAAAGAUGCCCAGGUCUUCCCGAAGCCCUACUGCCGUCCUCCCCAAGCCUUCAUCUUCCUUCGAACAAACGUCUUCAGGAGGCCAGCUCUCCUUCGACCACUACGGCACAGACAGUGAUGAGCACCUGGAAGUCUUAUUAAAUUCCCAGAGCCCCUUAGGGAAGGUGAGCGACGUUUCCCUUCUAAAAAUUGGGAGCGAGGAACCUUCUUUCGAUGGCAUGAUGGAUGGAUUCUCUGGGAAGGCUGCGGAAGACCUCUUCAAUGUGCAUGAGAUCUUGCCGGGUCCCCUCUCCCCGAUGCACCCUCAGUUUUCACCUUCCGCGGACAGCGGUGGGCUGCAGUUAAGCUUCACGGAAUCUCCCUGGGAAACCAUGGAGUGGCUGGACCUCACUCCACCAAGCUCCACACCAAGCUUCAGCUCGCUCACCACCAGCGGCCCCAGCAUCUUCAACAUCGAUUUUCUAGAUGUCACGGAUCUUAAUUUGAAUUCCCCCAUGGACCUUCACUUACAGCACUGGUAGAUGCCUGAUGCAGAAGUGCUAGGGAAGACCAGCAGGAAUUCUACAACCAUAAAUCCUUGUAUUAUCCAAAAGGAGGAGGGAAGGAGGAGAUUAAAAAGAGGCAAUGGAGACUUCUGUGACAAUCAACAGAACAACAGGAGCCCUUACGUAUAUAUAUAUAGUAGCAUUUACCAACAUCCAAUGACUGUUAUUGAUUUAAGCAGUGCACUUAAAAAUGUGCUUUCGCAGAUCAAGAAUGCCAAAACAAAAAGAAAUCCUUUCACUACCUUUUCAAACACCAAUAUUUCCUCUAGCCCAUAAUUUAAUUAAGGCUUUCUUGGGGCAUAAUCUCACCUUAUAAGCUUUUCUUGUGAAUUUAUUAGACAUACUGUGGAAAGAAAAUGUACUCUUUUGGGAGUACAAGGAAGCCAGUCCAUCAAAGGUUCUGGGAGGCAUACCUGUGAUGGAGGCUGAUGUUCAUCUCUCCAUUGCCUGUCUUUCAAAAUACAAAUCAGGCCCAGUUUCAGUUACGGAGUCCUUGAGGCAGAGGAGAGGGACAGAGCCAAUUCAUUCCCAGGGGAGAAAAAUCCACCCAGUGUCCAUUGGCCACAAAGCUGCCCCACUGGAGUGGCUUCUGGUCUUCCACCCAGGACUCUGUGGUCGCUGGUAAAAGUCGACCAGCAUUUGCUGCAGAGAACCCCACUCAGAACUCCCCUGUCCCCAGCCAGUUAGCCAGUCCCUCCCGCUCUCUCUGUGGCGAGAAGCUUUGUGAAACAGGCAAGACACUCCUGUCAGGGAAGGUUCUCCAAGGCAACCCUCUUUAGUUCCAAAGACUAGUGAUGGCCACCUAAGCAGAUGAAAGGAUCUUGAGCCUCAGGAAGCCGUAUCAGGGAUAAUUCAGACAGCAGUAGAGAACACUGUUCCACGUGUCACGGGAGAGGUGCCAUGGGUUCCUGUAGCAGGACCAUGUGUGGGGUCUAGCUUCUUUUUCUGGAAUGGGCGUGGUCCUCAGUUUGUUUUUUUCCCAUUCCACUUUUCCUUCAUGGUACCAAUCCUUUCUUGCUUCUCUCUUGAAUAUCUUUAUUUUUCUGCCCCAACAUUGGAAGAAGAGGACUUCUUAGGUCUAACAAUCUGCCAGACACCUAAUAAAGCCAUAUUUCAAAAGCUAGAACUCCAGGUUUUCCUGGAAAACUCAUUCCCCACAUGCAUAAUUUUCUGCAAAAGGAAGCUGAAAGAAUGUCCUUAGGAAGAAGCUGAUGGCUUAACCCAUCGGUCACCAAGUUCAUUCUACCCUCAUUUGAUUUACAGCAAUCAUUGAUUUGGGUUGCUUGGGGAAAUUGGAAAGCAUUAUAUUGUAAAGAUAAAUAGGAGAUACAUCUUCAAGGAGAGAGUAUUUUAGGUAUGGAUUUCUGAAAGAAAACACAAUUGUGCAUUGAAAAGGAUGGAGGGAAGAAAAGACGAUGGUUUCGUGUGCAUUCCUCAUUACCUCUCGUGCUUGUGCUGGGAGUUGAAAAACUCAGCUGUCAGGACAGCCUCCCGAGGCUCACUGUGCCUUCAGCUCACCGUUUUCAUAGUGUUGCAUGCUGUAGAAAGUAGCUAAUGCUGUUGUUGUUGUUGUUGUUGUUUUAAUUUAAAUCACUAAGGCACUGUUUUCUUAUUUUGUAAAAAAUGUUCACUGUGCACUUAUGGAGAAAAUAACCAAAAAUGUUGUGAUUUUAGAAGUUCUCUUUUUGAUAAAUCAAAGAUUUAGAAGUCAUUCCAAUUGUUAACUUGUAAACUUGUGUGAACAGAGUGUUUUUGGUGACGGCUACUCUGACAGCUGCCGGAUCUUAUUAGGGAUGGAGACUAUGUAUAUACGUAUACAUACACACACGUGCAUAUGUGUA